AUGGACAAUGACCCCCAUUCGAAGUUUCCUACGCCCGGGCUGCAGUUCCUCAGCGCUUUUAUCCACUUCUUCGGCGUCACCCUACUCGCCUGCUUCAUCAGUCAGCGCCUCCGCGGUCGCUUCCUCACCCGCGAAUGGUGGAUCCGCCUCUCGUGGGCGCGCCUUUGCGUGCUGAUUGUGCUCAUCGACUCCUAUCUUUUCAUGCUAUCUACUGGCCUGCUCAUAUUCGGCGUUGGGAUGCAACGAAAUCACUACGCCUGCGCCGCGGGCAUCUACUUAUGCGUCACCUUCUACACCAUGUCGAAAGUCUUUAUGUACCUCUUCUUAUCGGAGAAAGUUUUUAUCGUCUGGGCCGAGCACAAGAUGCGCCGCACGCGCUGUCCUGUCUACCUCGUCUGUGUCGGGACCAUCGGCCUCUACGUGGCCAUCAUCGUCGCGAUGUACUUCGGUCGCAUUGCUGAAUUCCGGGCGGGCGACGGGGCCUGCGAAAUCGGUCUCAAGCCUACCGCCUCGCUCCCUCUUGUCGCCUACGACUUGGUUAUUAACGUCCUCCUUACCUCGCUCUUCCUCUGGCCCGUACUCCGCUUCAGGCUCGCCAACGCGCGACUGAAGAGAGUAGCAGUGCGGACUCUAGUCGCUGCGAUCGCUGCACUGACUACUUCGACCGUCAACAUCGCUGUCCUGACGAUCCUCAACGGCCGCGAGCUGGGCUGGCUGUGUCUGGCGUCAUGUGGAUCCGACGUCGUACUCAACGCAACCGCCAUAUUCUGGGUGACCCGCACCAUCGCCUCUGACUCGCAGUUCCCCACGCUGACGGUGGACCCGCGGCUGGCAAGCGACGAGGAGUCCGGCCCCGGCCCGUCGCGCCGUUCCUCUACUAUGGCCAGCCGUCCGCCGUCGAUGGGCCAGCGCCCGAUGUCGGCGCUCGUGCCGUUCCACGUGCUGCCGCACAGGCCGGUGCCCCAGGACGUGCAGGUCCGCGUGACGACGGUGUCGGAGACAGCGACGAGCCCGCCCGAGACCACUUCUCCGCGGCCGAGUACAAGCACGGGCCGCCCUGCGAGCGGGCGUGCGAAUAGCGGGUCGACGAUGGAUUGGGAGGGGAAGCGGCAUUCGGCGGUGAGCACCGCGACGCGCAGGACGGACGAGACGCGGGUUGCAACGGUCGAGGAGAAGAUGGAGGAUGUGGAUGUGGAUUGA